GCCAAAACUAUUUUUUUUGUCUCUACAUUUUCUAGUUAGUAACAUACUACUACUAUUAUUAUUAUUAUUAUUAUUAUUAUUUGUAUCAAAAAUAAAAAUGAUGAUCAUAUUGGUAGCAUUGAUAACCCUUGGUGCAAUUUUGAUCAUAAAUCAUGCCCUGAAAUCCCCUGUUUUCGGGUUUUCCGGUAGCCGGUUUCCGAAACUGUCUCUCCCUCCUGGUACCUUAGGUUGGCCUUACAUAGGCGAAACUUUCCAACUCUACUCACAAAACCCAAACGUCUUCUUCGCCAACAAAGUGAAAAAGUACGGUUCCGUGUUUAAAACAUACAUAUUGGGUUGCCCAUGUGUGAUGAUUUCAAGCCCAGAAGCAGCUAAAUUUGUACUAUCAACAAGAUCAAAUUUGUUUAAACCAACAUUUCCUGCUAGUAAAGAAAGGAUGUUAGGCAAACAAGCCAUCUUCUUUAACCAAGGUGAUUACCAUGCUAAGCUUAGGAAGCUUGUUCUUCAAGCCUUCAUGCCCGCCUCUAUCCGUACCUUCGUCUCCGAUAUCGAUUCCGUCGCUAUUCAAACCCUUAAAUCCCUUGAAGGAUCCUUCGUCAACACCUUCCAAGAAAUGAAAACAUAUACAUUCAAUGUGGCACUGUUGUCGAUAUUUGGGAAGGACGAGGUGAAUUACAGAGAAGAAAUGAAGCGGUGUUACUACGUGCUAGAGAAAGGGUAUAACUCAAUGCCAAUGAAUUUACCAGGAACACUUUUCAAUAAAUCAAUGAAAGCAAGAAAAGAGUUGGCCCAGAUCGUGGCCCAAAUAAUAUCAAGUAGAAGAGAAAUGAAUAAGGACCACAAAGAUUUGCUAUCUUCCUUCAUGGGUGACAAAGAAAGCCUCACAGACGAACAAAUUACUGACAACGUCAUUGGUGUCAUUUUUGCUGCUAGAGAUACUACCGCUAGUGUCCUCACUUGGAUCCUUAAGUACCUUGCUGAGAACCCCUCUGUCCUCCAAGCCGUCACCGAAGAACAAGAAGCAAUAAUUAAAGAUAAAAAACAAAGUGGAGAAGAAAAUGUAAUUUGUUGGGAAGAUACAAAGAAGAUGCCUUUAACAACAAGGGUUAUACAAGAAACAUUAAGGGUUGCCUCUAUUUUAUCCUUUACUUUCAGAGAAGCUGUUGAAGAUGUUGAGUAUGAAGGGUACCUAAUUCCUAAAGGAUGGAAAGUACUCCCAUUAUUCAGGAAUAUUCACCAUAAUCCUGUAAAUUUCCCUGAGCCUGAGAAGUUUGACCCCUCUAGAUUUGAGGUGGCACCAAAACCCAAUACAUUCUUGCCAUUUGGCAGUGGGAUCCACUCAUGUCCUGGCAAUGAACUGGCAAAGCUAGAGAUUCUUGUUAUGUUACAUCACAUAACCACAAAGUACAGAUGGUCUAUCAUUGGCCCACAAAACGAAAUACAGUAUGCCCCAUUUGCACUUCCCCAGAAUGGUCUACCUAUUAAAUUAUCCCUCAAAAGUCAAGAUUAGUUUACAACAUUCAAGAGUAUGGCCAAAAUAGAGGAUAUUAAGACUUAUUCACAUCCCAAACCUUCUUUGACGUCUGAAAACAAAAAAAAUUAUCGGCUGAAAAAGAAUGACAAAUUAUGAGUUAUUUGAUCUACAUUUUGAAGGAAAAUGAGGGGUUUAUGAUAGUAACAUAUAUACAUUCAAGGAAAUUAAUAAUUUUAGGAAUAAGAAAGGAGGAGCGCCACAGUAAUUGUACAAAAGAUUCUCCUAGUAGCAACAAAUUUUGAAAGGAACUUUCAUCUUGUUAUAGUAGUUAAAAAUAUCAGUAGUCAUUUUUUAUUUUCGAUUAUUUUUAGACCUCAAUUCUUUUUCCAAUGGUAGGAAAAGACAGCCAAAAAGAUCUUUCAAGGAAUGAUUCUUGUAAAAUUGUAAAUUUAGAUUAGAUUAUGUUGGUGAGAAUGGUAUGAUUUUUACAAGAUGCCUCAAGGCAAAUGAAUGAGAAAUUCUAUUUUACAAUUAAAA